ACUGCAAUAAAGCAGUGACUCACUUUAUUCUAAAAAAUCCGCGGACGAGCUGCCCAUUUUUGGACACCAGCCCCCGACACUCGACUCUUUAUUUCCGCGCGCGGGGUGUUAUUUGUCUGCCCUUCCAACCCUCAUCGUACAACCCCAGUAUUCGUUACACUAGGUGUAUCCCUAUCGCCUGGUCGCCCUGUUUAUUUUGCACAUGUUCGGCCCCGCCCUGCAGACGCACUGAUAUCACGCAGUUGCGUAAUUUGACAAGCCAGCGCAAAAUAGGGAGAAUGAGCGUUUGACAGCUGCCGCUUUGCUCGCACAGACUGUUUCGAAACAAAAGAACACAUAUGCCGAAUUUAUUUGUGACAGAUUUCGGAUAGCCAGACCGCAUCUCUGCCUUUAUGGCCGCCGCCGUGAGGAAUAAUGUUUGGGUCGCUCCGGGGCAGGACGCGCAGUUUCUACAUAAACCCACCGCGCCGCUGACAUCCGACGGUCUGAGAGGUGAAGAUCAUGGACAAGUGCUCUGUAACACGAGGGAUGCCAUGCAGGGAACUUCCUCUUUUCAUGAUUAUAAUUUGGGUAAAUCAGACAUGGAUGGCUACUUGUGUUCACACCCACAGGACUUGGUGAAUUCCAAACUGAUGUGCAGGGACGGUCCUUUGAUGCUAGAGCCACCGUUUACCGAAGACUUCCCCUCUCCUUACAGCGUCAACAUGAGCCUGCUCAUGCCUGACGUCACGUACCUGCACCCCGGCCUGUGCAGGGUGAGACAGAUCAAACCGGAGCCGUCGCACUCCCUGAUGCACCCGACCUGCCAGGGCAACGGCGCGCCACCAGCUCUCCCAGAAUACCCAGGUGUUUUCAGUGCAGCUGACGCUGCUAGCGGUAACUUUUUCAUCAAACAGGAAGUGCCAGAUUUCCAGGACAUUCCCAUGUUUCAGCUGUUGAACUCUGAUUUGGAGCAGCUUGUGCAUGGGCCGCAGGUGAACUCCGUCCCCAUAGCCCCGUUAAGUCUUCCUGUCGGGAAUGCUCAUGUGCAGAAUUCUGCCAAACCGACGAGCAGCGCGCAGAAUGAAUGUUUUCCGUGCAGUCAACACCUUGGCCAUCAGCUGAGGUCGACAUACUUGCCACCUUCUCCGCCAAACUCGGAGCCCCCCAGUCCAGACAGGGGCAAAGUUCUCCAUCACAAGCUCUCCCCGCCUCCUUCCUACGAAGCCAGCAUCGCCUCUAAGUUAACUUUUCAGACCCACAAUUCCACUGAUCCCGGACAGACUUCCAGCGUGGCUCCUAUCCAGAACCCAGACCAAAAUCCCACCAAUCAAUUCGUCCAAAGCCCAGGUAUGAGACCAGUCCAGCAUUCAAGCCUGACGCCAGUUCCGACGACAUCGUGCGUCGGCCCUCUGUCCCCAGAGUUGGCUCAGUCGGCUCCAGUGAAGUACAAUCGAAGGAAUAAUCCUGAUCUGGAGAGACGAAGGAUUCACCACUGUGACGUCCCAGGUUGUAGGAAAGUGUACACAAAGUCUUCUCAUUUGAAAGCCCAUCUACGGACCCACACAGGUGAGAAGCCGUACCAGUGCUCGUGGGACGGAUGUGAGUGGCGCUUCGCUCGAUCCGAUGAGCUGACGCGCCAUUUCAGGAAACACACCGGGGCGAAGCCAUUCCAGUGCGGAGUGUGUAACCGCUGUUUCUCCCGCUCCGACCACCUGGCCCUGCACAUGAAGAGACACCAGAGCUAGAACCCUCCAAAAAAAAAAAAAAAACAUCCCUGCCCUCCUAAAAAUAUCAAACCAAUCUUCUUAUUUUUCAGUUGACACAGACAAAGCGCUUAAAAAUUUUAAAACUCUGGAUUAAUCCACCUCCUCCCCAGUGGAGUUAUUCUCAGCAGUGCUGGCCCACAACUAAUGAUUUAUUUUAUUGUAAAAAGAUUAAAUAUUGUUGUUGCCUUAUUUUAUUUCCGUGCCUCAAUUGUGGGGGAUAUUUACAAAGGUGUCGGUCAUGUAAUAAUGAAAGUUUUUUUUUUUUUUUUUCCAUGACUUACAUGACUUCAAAUAUUGUACAGAUCAUAUCAACAACAUGUCAUAAGGGCAUUCAUUUAAUAUACAGCCAACUGCUUUAGUGUAAGACCAGAUACAGUAUGUCCUGGAAGGAGUAUGUAGCUUCAGAUUGCAGGUGGAAGGAUUGAUGAUAGUGUAGAAAGUCGUCGCAGGUAGGGGGAUGUAAAGUUGUAGUAAAGUUUCCUCAAAGAAACACUAGUAGGGUAGGUAAACACUUCGGGGGCUGUUUGCGAGCCAUGUGGUGAGUUCAGUGAUUACAGCAAGUCUUCAACACUGCCAGAUAAACUGUUUAGGUUACUUUGCCAUGAGGUAAUCUGCUUAUGACGACUAAUUUCACAGAAAUAAAAGGGAGACACUAUUAUGCAUUUUGUAUCUCUGCUUGUCAGAGAGUCUAAUUAGAAGAAAUGAAUUCAUUUCAUUCAGAAGGGUUAAAGUGUUGUUUUGUACCAUGUCGACUUCAACCAGCUGCACAGCAAUAUCUCAUUUUAUAGAAGAAGUGUUCAAACACGAUUUACAACAGCGUUUCAGAUCAUGUCACAACCGUCAUUUCUCUUUCUUUUGUUGCCGCGAUGGACAGAUCAAGACUUGUUGAUCUUGGCUUUGUUCCUCAGGCAUAUUGAGAUGUUUUAAAAUGAAAUUCAUUUGUUUGCAGGCGAAGCACCUGCCAGUUUAAACACACGCAUGGUUUCUCUUUAUCAGAAGUGCCUUUAACAUUUUUUCUUUUGUUUUUCAAGCGAAUGAAAAGCAAAGCGUUUUUGGACGGUUUCGUUUUCAGCGCUAAACUCAUUACCGUCUCUCCAUCCUUACUUUCAUAAUUUAGCAAAUCUCUACUGACCAAAUUUCGUUAUGAUUUGAAUACGAUUGAACCAAGUUUCUGUGAUUUAAAAUGUACAUAUUUUGUAUCUGCCGUUUGGGGACACAACGGACGGAUUGUUUUUGGGCUGUGUGUACAAAGAUUUUAAACCUUUUUAAAAAAAACGGUUUAUUUUUAUUUUUACUUGCCAAAAGUCCAAGAAGGAUCAAAUUGCAGAAUACUGUUUAACCAGCCAAGAAAGCAGCUCAGUGGAUUAUCCGCCAGUGAGUCAUUGCAAUAAUGUGCAAACAUAUACACACACACACACACACACACAAGUAUAUUACAGUAUUUUGUGUCAAAGAUUAAGCAUUAACGUGUAGCCUGAACGGACGAAAUGUCCACUGGAGUCAUGUGACACCGAACAAUACGAAUAAAAGUUUUGUGUAGAACA